AUGCCUUCCACUCAUGCUGUCUAUCCCAGCCUGCGGGACAAGACAGUGCUUAUUACCGGCGGCGCAGAAGGUAUAGGUUCUGCGACCGUGGAACUCUUUUCUCUACAGGGCAGUCAAGUCAUCUUUAUCGACAUUGCUGAAGACUCAGCCCAGAAAACGAUUGACCGAGUGGUUUCUCGGCAAAAAGAUAGCAAUUCUCCCAUCAAACCACCAAUCUUUUACAAGUGCAGCGUUGCAGAUCUACCUGAAUUGCAGGAAACUGUCAAGAUCAUCCAGAAUAAACAUGGCGCGGUACAUGUACUGGUAAAUAAUGCAGCGGCCGCUGGAAACAGAGCUAGACUUACCACGGAGAAUGUCACCUCAGACGACUGGGACUUCAACGUCAAUACCAACCUUCGGCAUGUUUUCUUUCUCACUCAAGCAGUUAUCCCAGCUAUGAAGGAGGCAGGCAGUGGAAGUAUCAUUAAUCUCGGUUCCAUUACUUGGCGUAUCCCCGCCGCCGGUACUCCAGUCUAUGGUGCUUGCAAAGCCGCUAUUAUGGGCCUCACGCGUACUCAGAGCAAAGAAUAUGGCAAACACAACAUCCGCAUCAACAGCGUCAUGCCUGGAGCCAUUGCGACGCAGCGACAGAGAGACGAAGUUCUUACGCCCGAGUAUCGUGAGGAGGUGAUGCGGGGCCAGAGCUUACAGCGGGAUCUCGAGCCCGAAGAGGUGGCCAAGGUGAUUGUGUUCUUGGGUAGCGACGAAGCCAGCGGCGUUACGGGGAGUUCUUAUGUUGUUGAUGGGGGCUGGUGCAGCGAUCCUUGA